UUUUUUUUUUAAAAAACAUCAAAAUAAAUAAACAAAACUAUAAAGUCACAAUACACCCCUUAUUAUUGUAUAAUAUAAUAAUAACAAUUAUUAUAUUACUUUAUUUAUUAACAUCAUGAAAAAGGAUAAUGUCAUUGUGGCUCCACCUACACCACAAGUAACAUUACCACCCAUUGAAACAAAUACGCCAUUAUCAACGCCAAUUGAAAAGGAACUUCAACCUACGGUUUCCUCACCUAUACUCACCGGAAAAGAACAAGCUCUUACCCCUACCUAUACUUAUCGAGCAGGAUUAUCAACUAAGCCGCGAUUGCUUUUAAUGACAUCUAUUGGAUCAUUUUGGGGAUUUAGCAUUGGCGCUUUCUUAGGUGGACGGCAAUCAGGAUUACAAUACUUGGCAGAAAACGCACAUAAAUUACCAACAACUGUACAAGGAUGGUAUUUUUAUCAUAAAACAAAAAACUAUCGAAUGAUGCUAGGUGGUAUUAAACGAGGAAUUCAGUAUACAGGUAAAACAGGUGGAUUAUGCUUAUUAUACGGAUCCUUAGAGGCAGCUAUGGAUAAUAUACGAGGUGAGGCAGAUAUUUUGAAUUCUAUUACUGCCGGUGUGACAACGGGAACUCUAUUUUCAUUAUUCAGUAAGUGAUUGUGCAUGCAUGAUUUUACUUUUUUUCUAAAUUUGUUUAAACUGACUCUUUGUUAUGUAGCGAAAUUAACACGAGGCUCUUUU